AUGCCUGGUGCUUCAUCAAUCAAAAUCUAUCCAAUACCUGUUGGUCUCCAGUCCAACGAGAAUUACUCGAUCAAAGUUCGCUCAAGGGGGGAUUCAUUAGAUCAGCCAUGGUAUCAGGUACCUGUAUACCCAGUUGAGGUGUCUAAUGCCAGCACAAACUCCGACACAUUCAAUCAUUACUACGUGGGGAUGGCCUCGUUCGACUUUAAUGGACCCAUUCAGAUCCGCGUCACAUAUAAUCAGGGACCAGUACAUUCGGCCGUGAUAAGACCUAUUUCCCGUGGAAUUUUAAGCCAACUGUACGAAAACACCGUCAACUUCUCUUUCGACAGGGCUCAAGAUGUCAUGCUCGAAUUGAACGGAAAUAAAUGGCAGGUCCUACACAUUAUCACCAACGAAAUUGACGACAAUCCACCCGAUCAGACGGCGGAAAAUGUUUGGUAUUUUGAAUCCGGUCUCAAUCAAGGAGCCGCUGCUCAAUAUGCUACUGACGGCGUCAACCUUAUGGUGCCUUCAGAUACCACGGUCUACCUUGCUGGCGGAUCGUUUAUCAACUAUCGGCUAAACUUUACCGACGUUUGCAAUAGCUGUGUUCGAGGACAUGGCUUCAUUCUUGGUCCAGAAGGUGGCUUUGUCUAUCGAGAACUCGGUGGAGCUAUUCAUAUGAGCAGAGCAAGCAAUAUUCGAGUCGAGGGGAUCACAUCCUUAGGAGCAAAAGGGUUCAGUCUCUCCGCAGGCGAAUGUAAUAACGUUCACGUGAAUCGCUAUAGGUCAUUCACUUCAGCAGGGAAUGGUGAUGGUAUCGACUUUUUUUGUUCGUCAGACAUUUUGAUCGAAAAUUGCUUCCUUCGAAACUCAGACGAUAAUAUUGCCCUCUACUCUCACCGUUGGGACUGGUAUGGAGAUUCGCGGAAUAUUACUAUUCAAAACUGCGUGUUGCUUCCAGACAUUGCUCAUGCCAUCAAUAUGGGCACACAUGGGAAUCCAGACAAUCCUGAAACCACCAGCAAUAUCAAAGUGAGGAACAUUGAUAUACUUGAUCAUGAAGAGAAUCAGAUUUGGUAUCAGGGAUGCCUGGCCGUGACUGCUGCUGAUUCGAACACGUUUCACAAUAUUGACUUCGAGGAUAUUCGGGUAGAGAGAAUCACUAGGGGCCAACUUCUGAACGUUCGUGUCAUGCACAAUAUCAUGUGGAGCCGGGCUCCCGGGAAACUAAUCCAUAAUAUCACGUUCAAAAAUGUCUCUUUAAAUACAAAGGACUCAAAGGUGGUGAACCCAUCAAUGGUGAUGGGUUACGACGAAACUCGGAAAAUUGAUGGCAUUACUUUUGACAACCUCAGGAUUGGCGACAAAAUUAUCCAUGAUGGAAUGAUAAAGCCAAAAUGGUAUAUGGUUUCAGACUUUGUUCCUUUGUUUGCCAAUGAGCAUGUGAAGGCUUUAAAGUUCAUCCAAACAUCGGAAUGCAAUGAAGCUAUAUCCCCAUACAGGUGUUAG